AGAGUCGGACAGCAAGAGAGAACACACCAACAGACAAUAUCUCACAAAUCUUCACUCUGUGCUGGAUACAUUUUCAUCAUGGAUGCACCAGACGAACUGAGGAUUGUUCUACUGGGUAAAGUUGGAACUGGGAAGAGCAGCCUUGCUAACACCAUAUUUGGAAAGAAUGCGUUCAAAGUGAAUCACUUUGACUCUCAAGCAGGUAUUUGUCAAGCAGAGUCUGAAUCCAUCAAUGGUAGAAGCCUCACUCUGGUCGACGCUCCUGGUUUCUUUGAAGCAGGAAGGUCUGAGCAGGAAGUGAAAUGCGAGAUACGAAGGUGUAUCACAGAGUGCACACCUGGGCCUCAUGCUUUUCUCAUCGUGCUUAAAGUGGAAAAAUUCACGGCGCAAGAGAAAGGGGUCGUUACGAAAAUACAUGAAUUGCUUUCUGCAGAGGCUUUCAAAUAUUCUGCGAUUGUUUUCACACACGGCGACCAGUUAUCUGAAGGAAUGACUAUAGAGGCAUUCAUCAGAAACAGUAAGCCUCUGAAAGAUCUGGUGGAUCAGUGUGGUGGUCGCUGCUACGUUGUUGAUAAUAAAUACUGGAAAAACGCCCAGCAAGAUGAAUACAGGAACAACCAGUACCAGGUGGAACAGCUGCUCAGGUCAAUAGAGGAGAUGGUGAAGGAAAAGAAAGGAGGCUGCUACACCACUGAGAUGCUGGAUGAAUGGGAGGGACAGCAGGAAAAGAGCAUUAAACAAUCACUGGUCUAUUUCAAAAGUCUAUUUAAGCGUUUGAGAACAUGUACAACAAAACAAUAUUUUGUACGUCUUAGCAUAGCAGUGAUCAUGGCUGGACUGCUUAGGCUAUUACACAAAUCGUGAAACACACACAUUCCUGCAGCAAGUAAAAACAAAUGAAGGCAUCUGCAGUAAGUUCCACAGUGAUCCAUCCUGUAAUUAUCUGUCACUGUUUCCUUUAGCCUUGCAGACCUUUUACCAUGAACUGUGUGGCAUCAGGUUGAUGAUAAAUAAAAUGUGUUCAUAACCAGAUAACCAAAUACUAUUUUAUUACAAACUCAUCCUCUCAGUUUCUUUGAGAGCGAGCACAUCUUUAGAGUUGGCCCCAGAAUGCAGAGGUAUUUUAUGACAUGUAACAUUGUAUUCAGCAUUUGUUGAUUUUAAAACCACAGCAGGAAAAUUGUUGCUUUGGACGUUUAUGCAGCCACAAGAAGACAUUAAAAUCCUUUACUGUCUGAUGUUACUCAAGGAACAUGAUCUAAUGUACUUGUUGAUUGCUUGAUAAUUUAAUUUAGCCUAAUAUUAUUAUUAUUAUUAUUGGCUGUAGACUUUGUUUUUGCUGUGUGUGCUGUGAUUUCUUUCAUGCUUAAAACUGAACACACCUUUGGAUUGAUUUCAUUUUGUGAAACUGCUUUGUUGUACGAUCAAGCUGAGGAGUUGGAAGAUUUUCUCUUUUAUGUAUAAAUAAAGUAACAAUGUUAGAAUUAAGUCUCUUAAAAAAUAUCUUAAAUUGUAAUGUGAAUGUGAAAUUCUUAAAAUAGAGCCAAUAAAACUUGAUCAUAAAGUGACUGCUAACAAACCAAUUUGAUCUAUGGGCUCUACUAGAAGCAUGACAUUCCAUGAUUUGUAUUUAUUUGAAUAAUGACGAAGACAUCAAAUGGAUAUGGAUGGAUAUAUAUGGAAUUAUCUAGUAAAAAAAAACUGUUAACCUGCUCUUAUUUAAUCACUCAUUUGUUGAGCAAGUUGUGCUUUGUGUCAGUCAGUGCAUUUACA